AUGAGCGACAACGGUUCAGACGACGAGGGAGGGUUUGGUCUCGGCGACCUGAUGCCGCGCUCGCCAUCCCCCGAGCCUGCCCCCAACAGCUUUGCGACCUACGAGCUGCCCGAGGGCCGCGCGCUCGCCGACGGCAGGAAGGAGAUUGAGGUCCGCCUGGUUGGCAGUCACCCGCUUUGGGGUCACCACCUCUGGAACACUGCCCGUGUCACCACCUCGUACCUCCUCAAGCACGCCGCGACGCUCGUAGAGGGCAAGCGCAUCCUCGAGCUCGGCGCCGGCGGCGCCCUGCCGUCCAUCGCGUGCUCGCUCGCGGGCGCGCGCACCGUCGUGGCCACAGACUACGCCGACGACGUGCUCAUGGAGAACAUUGCCUUCAACGCGACACACAACCUCGGCGAGGGAUCCAGCGUGCUUGCCGUGGGCCACACGUGGGGCCACAGCGUCGCCGAGCUGCUCGACGCCGGCAUCACCGACGAGGACAGGAAGGCUGCCGCUCCUGCUGCCGCCGCCGCCGACGACGAGCAGGGCCGGUAUGACGUCGUGAUCCUCUCCGACCUCAUGUUCAACCACAGCCAGCACGGCGCGCUCGUCAAGACCCUCGAGGCGACGCUCAAGACCGCCGUGGGCGUCCCUACGCCCGACCCCCAGUCGCCCACUGCCGCCCCGCAGACGCCGUGCGCGCUCGUGUUCCUCACCCACCACCGGCCGUGGCUCGCCGACGCCGACAUGGCGUUCAUGCCCCGCCUGGCCAAGCGCGGCUGGGGCUACGAGCGCGUCGUGGAGGAGUGGACGGGGCCCAUGUUUGAAAACGACCCGGGAGAGGAGAGGGUGAGGGGUACCGUGCAUGGGUUUAGGGUGUGGCGGACUGGAGCGGCGUUUGAGGAGGACUCGGACGAGGACUAG